UACUGGCUGCAUCAGUCGGAUCUCGGAAACUCGGCGUGAAAAAAAUCAGGAUGGCUGGACGCGGGAAAAGAAAACCCAAAUCUUUGCCGCAGACAGAAACACUAAAUGGAGAUGUAAAAAAGGCAAAAGAAGACCAGAUGGAUGGAAAGAUAGAAGAAGAGAUGAGAGAGGAAGUGGAGAGGUUGUACAAACUACGUAUGCCUGAGGAUUUCUACCAGUUUUGGGAAUUUUGCAAAGGGCUUCGUGCAGAGUGUCCACAAGAUGCUCUAAAGGAAGCGCUUGGGCUCCAGUUAGUCGGCCCAUUUGAUAUCCUGGCCAAGAAGCACAAAAGCUCAUCUCCCUCUCAGCCCAAUUUCCAUCUGCAUUGCCGUUAUUUUUAUGAUCCCCCAGAAUUCCAGACAAUCAUAAAGGGAAACGCAGAUACACAGCACCACAUGGGCUACUUCCGAGAUUUGCAUGAUGCUUUGCCUGUGUUCAUUGGAGAGAAUGAAGCCAAGAAGGGCUAUACGAUCACACAGAUGGGUGACAACAUAUUUUCCGCAGUUCUGCUGUUUUUGCAGAAGAAAAGAAAGGAGAGGGGAUACCAGAAGGAUGAGGCUGCUUUGGACAGGUUAGGAAAAGAUUUGAAACGAGAGGCAGAGAGGCUGGGUUUGCCUCUGGACCAAAAAACUAAAGCGAUGAAGCAAAGAGAGAAAAAGGUGGUCACAAAGACAUUUCAUGGAGCAGGAAUUGUGGUUCCAAUAGAUAAAAAUGACGUCGGAUACAGAGAAUUACCAGAAACUGAUGCGAGUCUGAAAAAGAUUUGCAAAGCAAUAGCAGAGGCCAAAAAUGAUGAGGAGAGGAUGAAAGCUUUCGCACCCAUUCAGGAAAUGAUUACAUUUGUUCAGUUUGCCAAUGAUGAAUGUGACUACGGCAUGGGCUAUGAGCUUGGCAUCGACCUGUUUUGCUACGGCUCUCAUUAUUUCUAUAAAGUGGUACGUCAGCUGCUCCCCAUGGCUUACAAUCUGUUGAAGAGAGGUCUGUUCGGUGAGAUACUGGAGGCACAUCUCACCAGUCGUUCCCACGACAACCUUGACCAGCUCGCCUCUGUCUGAUGUAUUGCGAGAAGAUGAUAGGCUGUGCUCAGAAUGACUUGCGGUAAAACAUGGUGGGAUGGCGACUGGGACAGAUUACACUUCUAAAUUCUUCUGUCGUUACGCUGUUAUCUUUUGUUGAAAAUGCUUUAAAACCCAAGACUAUGUGUAGAAGCCUUAUUUUCUUAAACCUACAAAUUAUUUUUAGUUCUAUAAAAGAUGUGACAGCUGGUUAGGUAUUCAAUACAAGCGUCAAGUUAAAUUUUGUUUAAAUUAAGUGGGAAAUAUUUAUUUCUACUGUUAAACCAUUUCACCAUAGAGAAAUGAAUUACGACUCAUGGGUGUUCAGUUGUUACAUGAUUUAUUUAAGAGUCCGCUUUCUGCAUUUCCAUUAACAUUUAGCGUAACCCAGUUGCUUCAAGAAAAAGGGUGUUACGCCUAAAGGUUUAUCUGUGAGGUCCAGAUAUCUGGAGUCAUUGGCAUCUUGGCUGUGGUUUAAAUUCAUUCAGUGUCAUAUCGGUUUGGUUCAGGGUUAAUAAAUAGGCAUACAAAAUGAAGAAUGUAUGGUUCAUGUAUUAAAUAUCUUUUUGAUUCUUGGCCCUGUAGUAAUUAUUGCUUAUGAUUGUUAAGGUACCCAAAGUAUGAGUGUGUUUGGAGUUUUUUGUUAAAGUGUGUCUUUGUUCGCUAUUGUUAUGAUAAUUCUCUUAUUGUUGCCUAGUACUUAUAUCAUUCCUUGUUUUAAAGUACAUGUU